AUGACUUCCGGCGCCUCCAUCGACACCCCCAUCCGGCCCGCCCUCCUCAAAAAUUCGGGCCUGCCAAAGUCCGACUCUUCCGUCUCCACCACGGCUCAAUCCUGCAAAUCCAUCCGUGUCACCGGCGCCCAUCCCCUCGGCUCCCUGCACAUUCACCAACCCGUCGACUCGUCUUCUCGGUCACAAGAAACAGCCAUGAACCCACACACCGUCCCCGACGAUGAUGAGCCCCCGCCCCUGGGGCCCAUCGAGCCACACGACGCCGUCGCUACCCAGCGCGCGUCGCCUCAGCAUGAGCACUCACUCGGCGGCGGCGACAUCGUGCUGAUCAUGGACCUCCCCACUCACUUCACAGUUGGCUACGAUUCCGUCUCUUUCACCGCCCGCGACUUCCUCGGCGUCAGAGACAUCCCACCCGGCCCGCACUUCUUUUGGGUCUCGGAGACGGAGGCCAGCACCACGCGCUGUGGCUUCUGGAUCAUCAGCUCGGCCGCGGAGAAGAUUCAUGUCAUGCAGUGGGACAAGUUUAACGAGGUCAUCGGCGAGCCCGCCAGCCAGGUCGAGGCUCGCUUUCAAAAAGAUAACAUCCAAGACAUCUACUCCAGGUUGGCACCCUACCAGUUCCGCGCCCUAAACGCAAACGUCAAGUCUGCCACCUCCGGCUCGUCUAGUCCGGAGCCCGAGUUCGCUAGAAAUAUCAACAUCUGGCAGCAGCUCACCAACGCCAUCUCGGCCCCUCUCCUGAGUAGACUCACCACCCGCCAGCCGGGCAACUGGGCUGUGCACACAUCGGACCGUGUAAGAGGUGCUCUGAUGCUUCCUGCAGAGGUCGAGCUCGAAAAGCGGGUGCCCAGCGCCGUCGCGACCACCGAACUGAACUUCACCUUCAGCCAGGGCGCAAAAACGUACGAUGCGGAGACCGUUGGCGCCGCACGCACCGAGCAAGCCGUCGAUGCCACCGCGUACUUGCUGUCCACUGGCAUCAGUGACGACGACGUUGUGGGUGAGCUGCAGUUUGCCUUCAUCGUCGGAAUGCACCUCGGCAACGAAGCCUGCGUCCAACAGUGGUGGCACAUGCUGGUCUCCAUCGUUCUGAAGGCCUACACCCUGCCCCUCAAACGGCCUGAGAUGGCUCGAUCCCUCCUCCAGACAGUCACAGCCCAGCUCGUCUAUAACGAACGUUACCUUGAUGGAUCUGUUCUCGACUACGGCCCAUCAUACUCUCGCGAUCUCCGCAUGGCUCUCAUCGUGUACAAGCGACGCCUCAACGAAAUACUCCUGGCACUCAACUCACUUGCCACCCCCGAACAGGCUGCCGUCGGCCAGGCAUUCUCCGAACUCGAGACGUGGGUCUGGAAGUUUGGAUGGGACAUCAGAGGCGACUAUCUCCGAAAGGGCAAGAAGAUGCUUGAGGAUGGCGAGGAAGUGGAGUUGGAGAUGGACGACCUUGAGGCCGAGGACGAACGGGGUGAGUUCGCUGCUACAGUGGUCGAGCUGGACGAGUGCGGAAAGCAGAAGGAUCUUGUCUCGUGGGAUUAG